AUGGAAGACCAAAAUAUGGCUUUUGGGUUGAUUACUGCACUGAUGUCGACAAAGCCUGAUUUUGGAGUACGGCAAGCGCAACGCCUUGCCCUGAGCAAUAUGGGGUCGGUGUUUGCCAAGCUAAGACUCCAAUAUAAGCAGCUGGAACCCGCUGAUUAUGCGAAUAGGCUUGAUUAA